AUGGUACGCGCUGCAAAUGAAAUAUUAAUUGCUAAAGAAAAUAAGAAGAUCCUUAACGGUGAAGAGGGAAGAGCACAUACAAAGAAAGAGAAAGGAGUGAAAUUAUUAAAAAAAUCAAAAUAUCAACUUGUAGAUUACAAAUCAUUGCCAACUUACUUAAAGGACAAUGAGUUCAUAUUGGAUUAUUAUCGAUCAGAGUGGCCAUUGAAGCAGAUUUUCCUCAGCAUUUUCUCAAUUCAUAAUGAGACACUUAAUGUCUGGACGCAUUUGAUUGGAUUCUUCCUUUUUCUCUUUCUCACCAUAUGCACAGCUAUGAAAGCUCCAAUGGUUAUGGAUUCCCUUCAACAUUUGCCUGAAAUCAUAGAAAAAGCUGAUUUGAACAAGAUUCAUGCAGAGUUAUUAAAAUGCCUGCCUUCACUCCCGAGUAUUCCCGAUCUUGAUAAAGUUAAAAACGAGUUAAUGGCAUCUCUUCGUUCUCUCGACUUCUCCUCAUUAUCAGGCUGGAAUGUUAUGGAACAUCUCACCAGUUGCUUGCAUGACAAGUUUUCUAUAAAGGGUUUGAAAGGCGAAAAAAUGGACUUUCUAUCUCCUUCAAUAGUCCAACCGAUUACAAGGUGGCCAUUUUACGCCUUCUUAGCCGGAGCUAUGUUCUGUUUAUUAGCCAGCAGCACAUGCCAUCUCUUAGCUUGUUACUCGCAACGCCUUUCAUACAUUUUGCUCAGAAUCGACUAUGCUGGAAUUGCUGUAUUAAUCGCAACUUCUUUUUAUCCUCCUGUAUAUUACUCAUUCAUAUGCAACCCUUUCUUUUGUUACCUCUACUUAGGCUUGAUAACAUUGAUGGGAGUUGCUUCUAUUGUUUUCUCUCUUCUCCCGGUCUUCCAAAAAUCCGAGUUCAGAAAGUACCGCGCUUCGUUGUUCUUUCUGAUGGGAUUUUCGGGCGUGGCGCCUAUAAUGCAUAAAUUGAUAUUGUAUAGGGAUGAACCCGAGGCGCUUCAAACCACAGGCUAUGAAGUACUAAUGGGAGUUCUUUAUGGUUUGGGAGCUGCAAUUUAUGUCGCGAGGAUACCGGAGAGGUGGAUGCCGGGAAAGUUUGAUAUUGCUGGUAAUAGCCAUCAACUUUUUCAUAUCUUUGUUGUGGCGGGGGCUUACACGCAUUAUCUCGACGGGUUAAUUUACCUUAGAUGGAGAGAUUUGAAAGGUUGUUAG